GUUUCCGUUUUGAAACCGAACCACUUGGUUCGUAGUACGUUCGGAAUCCGAACCUGAGCCUCGGGGACAUCACCAUUUUUAACGGUUCUGAUUUAAUCUUUCCAUAAUUCAUGCUUUAAACCCCAACCUUCUCAUACUCACUUUCACUUUUUUCUCUCUUUCUCUCUAAAAAAUUCUUCAUUCUCUCUCUCAUUUUUUUCUUUGGUGGGAGAUCAAUGGCGGAGCACGAGCCCGACUCACUCAUUGAGAAGAUCACCGAGAAGAUCCACGGCCACCAUUCGUCAUCGUCUUCGGAUUCCGAUGAUGACAAGUCAUCCAAGGUCGAAGCAGUUCAAGCUAAGAUUUUCAGGCUCUUCGGUAGAGAAAAACCUGUCCACAAGGUCUUCGGUGGUGGAAAACCUGCUGAUGUCUUCCUAUGGAGGAACAAGAAAUUGUCUGCAGGUGUCCUUGGUGGUGCCACCGCAUUGUGGGUCCUCUUCGAGGUUCUUGAAUAUCAUUUAAUCACUUUGGUUUGCCAUAUAAUGAUACUUUCUGUGGCUCUUCUUUUCCUGUGGUCCAAUGCCUCUACCUUCAUCAACAAGUCUUCGCCACAAAUCCCAGAAGUUCGAAUUCCUGAGAAAUGUGUCCUUGAGGUUGCUUCAGGGCUGAGAGCUGAGCUAAAUUAUGGAUUGUCUAUCUUGAGGGAUAUUGCAUCUGGGAAAGACUUCAAAACGUUUCUUGGUGUCGUUGCCGGCUUGUGGGUUCUCUCAGUUGUUGGGACUUGGUGCAAUUUCAUGACUCUGUUCUACAUAUUAUUUGUCUUGCUGCACACGGUGCCAGUGCUCUACGAGAAGUAUGAAGACCAUGUGGACUCAUUUGGAGAGAAGGCAUUAAUCGAGUUUAAGAAGCAAUAUGCAGUUUUUGAUGCCAAGGUAUUGAGUAAAAUCCCGAAAGGUCCAUUGAAAGAAAAGAAGAUCGAUUAGAAAGCAUCAUAAGAGGUAGUAUUAACUAGGUUGAUGUUGUUGACAGUGGGUAGUUAUGUUCCUGUUUUCCCAAUUAGGUUCCUUUGUUUCUGCUUUUCUCUUCAUAAUUGGUUGGGUGCACACAGUUUAAUAUAAUAUGUAUUCCAUUAGUUAUUUUACAUUUUAAAUUUGAACUCUCUUCUCUUUCUUGCAAUAUGGAAGAGCGGGGAGGAAAUUGUAGAACUAGCCUUGUAACAGCUUCUUUUAUUUCAUAUCAAGAAUUGAACUAUUUAAUGGAGAAAAAUGAAAAAAACACAUUAUGGCAGUCAUUCA